AUGUCUGUGUAUCUGAAUGAGUGCCUGGAGAACCCACAGGUUUGUGGCAGCAACACCAUUUGCCUCAACACCAUCGGGAGCUACAUCUGCCAGUGCCAACCUGGUUUCAAUGUCUCUAGGUACACUGGACGCUGUGCGGAUGAGGAUGAGUGUGUGUGGGUUCCCCCGGUGUGCGGCGCUCAGGGCAUGUGCACAAACACACCUGGCCGAUACACCUGCACCUGUCCGUCAGGGCUCAGUAACCACGGCAACAACACUGCCCCCUGCACAGACCUCAAUGAGUGCCUGGAGAAACCACAGGUUUGUGGCAACAACACCAUUUGCCUCAACACCAUCGGGAGCUUCAACUGCCAGUGCCAACCUGGGUUCACAUCUAACUUAACCAAUGUCACUAGACACUGUGAGGAUGAGGAUGAGUGUGUGUGGGUUCCCCCGGUGUGCGGCGCUCUGGGCAUGUGCACAAACACACCUGGCCGAUACACCUGCACCUGUCCGUCAGGGCUCAGUAACCACGGCAACAACACCGCCCCCUGCACAGACAUAGAUGAGUGUAAUGAUAUCGCUGGUGUCUGUGGAGUGGGCGGGGACUGCCAGAACCAGAAAGGAAGCUACAGUUGCCUCUGUCACCCUGGAUACAGUAACUACAACAACAAACAGGCUCAGUGCUCAGUACUGACCUGUGACCAGUUCAAAGCCAAUGAGACUUCUGGACAGACUGUCCCAGGUUUAGCUGGUCUCCUGUCCCUAAUAAGGAACAGCUGUCUGGUGUUGAGUAACUCUGGGGACGCAGCCGGGGGGAAACUGACUGGAGAGGUGUUACUGGAGAAUGUCUUCACGGAGAUGGACAGACUCUUGUCUCACGAUAUCCUAAGCAACAGCCAGGAGGUGAGUGGGUUGCUAGGCACCGUGGAAGACGCCAUGAGGCUCAUCGGGCCGCAGCUCAGAGACAACCACACCACCAAUGAGACAGACCACGCAGCGACUGAGCUUGCAGUGAGGAGGGGACAGACUCCGCCCACUGGGCCAAUCAGCCUGGCCAAUGACAACGCUCGACUGGACACCAGCUGGGAGACAGCCACCGGCAGCGGGACGUACCCAGGUUUCGCUCUGGUUGGGUUGGUGUGUUACAAGACAGUGGAGAAAUCUGUCAACAACUCCUUCCAGUACCUCACUGACACAGACACAGACACAGCAACAGCCACGGCGUCAAAGCCUAGCUACCAGAUCAGUUCCAAGGUGGUAACAGCUUUCGUCAGUAACCCAGCAACAGACCACCUCGCCCAGCCUGUCAUCCUCACCUUCAAACAUCUACAGGUGAGGGCGGAGUCAGCGGAGAUGAACUAUACCUGUGUGUUCUGGUCGGAGGGGCGUGUCCAUGAAGAGGGAGGGGCGUGGUCAAGGCGUGGCUGUACCAAAGUCACGUGUAACGCUACACACACUGUGUGUUCCUGUACCCACCUUAGCAGCUUUGCUGUUCUCAUGGCCCUCUACCCUGUACAGAACACCUUUGAGCUGCGUCUUUUGACGUGGCUGGGUCUGUCGGUGUCUGUGGUGUGUCUGUUGCUGUGCAUCCUGACUUUCUGGCUGUGUCGGUCCAUCCAGGGGACACGCACCACCAUCCACCUCCACCUCUGUGUCUGCCUCUUCAUCGCUGACCUCGUCUUCCUCAGCGGUAUCUCACACACACAGAGCAAGGGAGGAUGUAGGGUUGUAGCAGGUCUCCUCCACCUGUUCUUCCUAGGAUCCUUCAGUUGGAUGUUGUUAGAGGGGGUUCAGCUCUAUCUCAUGGUGGUCCUGGUCUUCAACAUUACCAUCAGACCUCUGUACCUGUAUGCUGUGGGAUAUGGACUGCCACUGGCUAUAGUCAUCAUCUCUGCUAUCACCUACCCAGAUGGAUACGGUACCACACACCACUGUUGGUUGUCUCUGGAGAGAGGAUUCAUCUGGAGUUUCUUCGGCCCAGUGUGCACCAUCAUCAUCCUCAACGUUUUCUUCUUCAUCAUCACUGUCUGGAGGCUGGCCCAGAAGUUCUCUAGUCUCAACCCUGACCUCUCCAACCUACGCAAGAUCAAGGUGUUCACAGUGACAGCAGUGGCCCAGCUGUGUGUGUUGGGUUCUAUGUGGAUAUUUGGAGUGUUCCAGUUCCAAGAGGAGGGGACAGUGGUCAUGACAUAUCUCUUCACUAUCCUCAACUCUCUACAGGGAGCACUGCUGUUCAUCAUGCACUGCCUACUGAACAAAACGGUUAGAGAGGAAUAUUGCAAGCUGCUGUCCGGUAUCUGCACACCACAGAAGAAGAGAUACUCAGAGGUCAGCACUACCAACCCUUCCUCCAGCCAAUCCCAGGGGUCAAGGAGCGCAGAGACCACGGGGGAGUCGCAGAUAUGACGUCACCAAACCCCCAUAAUGCACCUCUUUACUACUCCUCCCAUGACAAAUGUUCCCACUACAUGGCCAAACUGUAAAGUCAAAACGUUCGACAUCGUAAACAUUUAUGAAAACAAAUAUUUGAUUUUCUGACAUAGCCUCUUGGCCAGAUAGUGACAACCCAGAAACACUCAGCCCGAGGAUAGUACUGUUCAGGCCAGGUUAGUAGAAUAUGUGUCCAACUAGCCCGACGGAUAGUAAAAAUGUUAGUCCACUAGCCAGGUUGGCCAGUGCCCAAAAUCCUUCAGUUCCAUCUAUGAUUAGACACUUCAUAUCAAACUUGAUGUUAACCCCUGUCUUAUCAAGCAUUAGGUUAUCCAAUCAGAAGUUAUGUGAUCUUCAUGUCAUCCAAUUAGAAGUUAUAUGAUCUUCAUGUCAACAAAUAGGAAUCCAUAUCAUCAUUAUGUCGUCCAAUAGCAAUCCAUAUGAUCUUUAUGUCAUCCAAUCAGAAGAUAUAUGUCAUCAGGGGUAUAUAAUGAUGUAUAAGCAGAUGUCAUGUCAUCCAAUAGGAAUCCAUAUCAUCUUUGUCAUCCAAUCAAAGUUAUAUGAUAUUUAUGUCAUCCAAUAGAAAUGAAUAUCCUCUUUAUGUAAUUAUCACAACCACAAAAGAAAGGUACUAUUUUACAUAGAUUUAUAGUAAUAUUUAUUACCAAGAGCACAAGAUAAGGUGACUUUUCUACGCAAAUAAAUCCAGAGGGAUUUAGAAAAACAUUAUGUGAAGAUAUGUGUUAGUUGUGACCUAAUGAACUGUUAUACUGUAAAGUUGUAUUGAUCUUUAACACUUUAUUAAUAACUUUUAAGAAUAAGCCUUUAUAAAUGAAUAUACAUGUUUAUAAAUCAUUUAGAAAUGUUGUACAUUUUUACGGAAUGGAAGGCUGGUAAUAUUUACACAUUCUUAUAAAUGUUUACAAAUUUAAUUGUAAAUAGUUUAUAAAUCGGUAAAAGGUUUAUUCAUGAUAGUUAUUUUUAAGUGUUACCAUGGUCACCUCUAUGUAUAUAAUGAGAUAAUAUAAGAUUUGUUGUGAACACUUGCAGUGCUUCUGUCCAAAAACAGCAUUUACCAACAGGUGUUUUAGAAAUCCCAGUGGGAAGAUUUCCAGAAUCAGGAGGGAAGAAACAUGAAAUCCAGAUUCUCUAACAGGGAUUGUCACUCAUGGCUUCAUCUUAAAACCAUUGGUUUGUUUAUCACUGGCCAACAAAAUAUAGUGUAGCAAUCCUGACCUGGACUUAAACCUGUGUCCAGCAACUGUUAACCUAACAAAUUAGCUGUUACGCCAAGAGAUCUGAACCGCUUGACGAGGUUGCUAGGUGUUGGGUUAAAGUCGUUUCAAUAGUUGUAUAGGUAUAGGAAUAAAGUAGUAACAAUGUACUGUACCGUUCUGCCAUUGUAGAGGUCGUUAGGUACAGAUCUAGGAUCAGAAUACAGUAAAUUACUGUACAGCUCUGCCAUUGUAGAGGUCGUUAGGCACAGAUCUAGGGUCAGAAUACAGUAAAUUACUGUACAGUUCUGCCAUUGUAGAGGUCGUUAGGCACAGAUCUAGGAUCAGAAUACAGUAAAUUACUGUACAGUUCAGUAGGCACAGAUCUAGGAUCAGUUUACCCAAAACAAAACCUAACUUAAAGGGGUCAUCCAGGAUUGGUACAUCCAGUUUUGUUACUUUUAACUUAGUGAUUUAUAGCUCUUGGUUCUUGUAGAAUAUUACUUAAAACUGCCUUGUGACCUGGUCAACAGUCGUUGCCCAUCAGAACCCCAACUAUAAGCUUGUUUUACUCCAUUGUUUGUACACGAUGUAAAGGUUUAAAACAUGGAUAAAACUAUCAUGUUGAUCUCAUGGAUGGUCAGUCCUUGCAUCGAGAGCUCCGUCUAUGAUUUUGAGAGUGGUUACAUUUCUCCAGUCCGACGACCGGUUUGUUGCUUUUUGAAUCCCAGACUGCCCCUUUAAGGUUCCACCCUAGACGUUGGUUUCAGAAUAACCAUGGAGAUAAAGUAGAGUCUUAAAACAAUCUAAACAAAGUCUACAUUCAAUGUUGUAUGUUUUUUAUUCUAUUCUGUUGCACUUUUACUUCGACAAGUUGUGUAUUUUAUACUUUUAGAGAAUGUACCAUUUUCAUGUCCUUUAUCAACACCGUUCUGAAUGUAAGCACUUAGUGUUGUACUUGACUGUGUACUCUGUAGUGUGUGUGUGUGUGUGUGAGUGUGUGUGUGU